AUGAGACCAGGGGCAGGAGUCCCAGGAAGGACUUAUGGACUAAGGAGUGCAGUCAGGGCUGUGAGUCAGCAGCAAGAUAGAGACAUUGACCGAAGAGACCAUAGCCCAGAAGACAAACCUGAAUCCUUCAACCACACCCAGAGACCCCCUCCUACGCAACCCAGGACAGCGCCUCUCAGCCACUUGCCAGAAGAUCCAUAUCAAUCUCCUUCCCAAAUGCCGUUGGCCACUGGUCUGGCAGAGUCCUCACUAAUCACACAUCCUGCAUCCAAUACAGGCCCUCCUGGAGAGAACCCCGAAUCUUGCCUGGGCUUUUAUCCCCAGCUGCCUCUCCCUGGGCAGGUGAGAGUAGGAGGCAGGCUUGGGGUGUCCUUCUGCUUCUCACGCAGGGGGCCCAGGCUUGAGCCUUCUGCCUCCGUCUUCUCUGACCUGGAGGAAGAGGAGAGAGAGAAGAGAGAACAAAUGAAAGAAAGGAUAAAGGGAAUAAUGGAAGAUAUUGACAGGGAAAUUGGGGAAGUAGAGGAGAGGAAACACAGUGAGAGUGAAAAGCCCAGCCCUGACAGCGUUGGACCAAGUGACAUGGUGUCAAUCCCCAGAGAGGAUGCCAGAGAAGAGGAGGAGAUUGAAAAAAGAGACACAGUGGAAGAACACUCACCUAUUCCCACAGCAGCACCUGAUAAUCUGAGCCACAAUUCACUGUUUUUGCCAUCACAAAAUAAGGUGACCAUAUGGGGCACAGCACUAGAAGGGGCCCAUAUGGACAUUGAACAUACAGAUAGUGAGACAGAGAGAAAGCAAAUAACAGAGGGAGGGAGGGAGGAAAGUCAGUAUAUGCGUGUGCUAGGGAAAGAUGGCUCUACCUGUCUGAGAUGGCCUGUCAGUUUACUUAAGUUCACCAAGUCUCAGCCACACAUCUACUAUAGCUGCAACCCACUCUGCUUGAACCCCCAACGACCAGAGCAACUGACAGAGCAUCUGCAGGAGUCACAACAAAAUCAGUCGUGUGCCCCUUCCGAUGAAUCAACUCCACGUGUGCCAGCUAUUCUUACACCAGACGCUCAUACUUGUUUACAAAGACAGACAAGAGAAGAGCUGAGAGCACACAGACAGGGAAAAGCUGAGGAGAAUUUCAAGGCAGAGCAACAUAUCGAUGUGGAGACAGAAGAACACCUGUUCCUAAAGAACAAAAACCUUUCAUCAUCAGAAACAAGACCAGAAAGAGGAGGGUGCACGAUAAGUAUGGAGAAUUGUGUGAGGGCAGUCUGCCAUCCAUUUGACCCUGCUCAUAGUGACAGCUCUGAUACAAACUCCCAGAAUCCUCUGGGAGGCAGAUUAGGGGGUGCGAGAGGGAUCAGGGAGAGAGCCAUCACAGCCCUGAGCUGUAAAUCAGAGUCUGUCAUCCAGGCUGGCACACAGGGGAUGUGCAUCAGCCCGUCCAGGUGUGAGUGUGGGAGUGAGACAAUGUGCAAGUGUGCCAGCGCUCCACAGCCGUACGUGGGUGUCUCAGAAGUGUCACGCAAAAAGAGGAAAGCCAGCACAAAGAAACACAAGCUGGGAAAGAGGAAGAGGGGCGAGAAGGAAAAAGCUUCAAACAAGCGCCAAUCAGUAAGGUGCAAAGUGAGGAGUGUUGUCUCUACAGUCUUCACUGGCAGAGAGAGGAGAGAAGAAACUGGAGGGAGCUGUGGGAAGAAAAGGAGGCAAGGGGAGACAGGGGAGACGAGGAGGAGGAGGAGGGUGCAGAGAGCAGGGAGCAGCUGUCUCCUGGGGAGAUGUGAGGCUGAGCCAGUAUCUGUCUCUGUCAGGAAGAGAAGGCCUCACAGGAGCCACAGCACUGAAUCCCAGUCACAGCCAGACAGAGAGCAGGCAGAGCAAGAGCACUGCAGUGCCUACUCCCAGCUCACCAGACACACAGCAGACAGAGACACCAAGGGGGAGGGAAAGCGAGACGGAGAUGCAGUGACUUUUCCCUGGCGAUCUCACUUCUCCUUAUACCCCUUCUCACCAGGAUGUAACUCAAAGCUGUUUUGGGAAAGGGGUCACCAUAGCAACCCCAGGAGUUUCAUUGACUGCUGUUACCCUGACAACAGCUGUGGUUGCAGCCCGGCGAGUAAGAGAAAACUCCUCCACAGGGACAGGAAAUUCAUUCAUAGUAAGAGGAAGAGUUUGAGGCAUCGUGAAGUCUGGGAGGAGAAAGAGAGGGGCAGGAAAGUGGGAGGGCGUUCGGGUUGCAGAGACAGAGGCCUGAUUUCAGAUACAGAACAGUGGGAGUGGAUGAGAGGGAGCUGUCCUGGAGGUAGCGUGGAGGGCAGGCCGAGGCCUGGGUGGAAAUCGAGAAACAAAGCAGUGGAGUGGGAUCGGUUGGCAAGGUGUAGCCCCAGUCCUAGCAGCUGGGGCAGGAGAAGCAGACAUCUUAGCACAGAAGAUAUAGACUGGGAUAGGUGCAGCAUGGACAGAUGGACAUGGGGCAGCAGCGACAGCUGGGAAGACAGGGGGUCACACAGAUCUGCGUCAGGCUCCAGGACAGCAGCAGACAGCAGAGACAGCCCAGGCUGUGUGUGGAAAUUUGCAGGAACCAGACACUCGAGCUCGAGACACUUCUCCAGCCCUGAGUGGUGGACAAGUAGGCAGACAUACAGCCCCCAGAGUGUGAUCAACACACGGGCCAGCAGAUGUCACAGCCCGCGCUCCUGCAGCCCUUGCAGCACCACCAGCAUGUCCGAGUUAAGCUGGGAGUGGAGCAGGAGCAGUACCUGCUCAGGAGUCACUGUGGAUGGACUGACAGUUAGCUCCUGCAGGACGUCCUCAGGAGCUCCAGGACUUUCAUCUGAGGCCCUUCAGGAUGCAAAGAAGCAGAGCAGCCCCAUGUCCACUCCACCGGGUCUUACCUCUAGCUCCUUUUCUCAUUCUUCGCCUCACAGAUCCUCUUUUGCUCCCACUGUCCCAGGAGUCAAUGUGCACAAUUGUGACACAAAUCCUUGUCAGCUAAAGGAGCCAAAUUCAAAGUCUGACCUUGGCCAUGGGCCCUCUGCCCCUGUCACAACAAGUAGGUCAAGUGCACCUCCAGGACUAUCCCCCAGUAAGUCUCUGCCUCCGAAACCAGCCAGGAUGUUGCUCCCUCUCAUAGGGAAACUACCUGCUUUUCAGAGAAAGGCUAGGAGGAAAAAAGGGCUGCUGGAGAAGAGUCAGGAGAAGGAAGGAGAAGAGGAAGAGGAAGCUAAGGGCAGUGGAGGGCAUCCUGGAGGAGUCGUCAACAGUCAUAUGGCUGAGUCAAACCCCAGCACCUUGCCAAAUCUCUGCCUGUCACAGAUUAGGACAGAUGACAAACAGACAGGUGGGAAGACAGCUUCACCAAUCAGCUUUACUGCUGAGGAGAUGGGCAAAUAUCGUCUCCUGCAAGAGCAGGCGAGAGAGCACAUGCAGAAAGUCCUGGAACAGACGCACGAGAGAGCAGAUACACACAUAGAGACAAACUACACACACACAGCACGGACAGACAACUGUGGUACUUCAAAGGAACGAUACACACCUGCACCCUUGCACAACCCUUCACAGCCUCAAACCCAGUCAAUUCACACAGACACGAUGCAAACGCAAGCACAGCACACCCUCCAGGUCAGUCUCCCACUUCCACAUGUGACCCCCCAAGAGAACUUUACUCGACCCAUGGCUUUGGGAGUCCCUAACCUCACCCCCCUUCCACCAUCUCCCCCUCUCUCCAGCCUCCAUCAUAUCAUUUUACAACACACAGCCCUCUCCAUGCCACCCUCAUCCUCAUCCUCUUCCACCUCAUCCCCCUCUCCUGCCAUCCACCCACACCCGGCUCAGCUAACUCAUCCCCUGCCCCCUCUCCAUCCAUCCCUCUCUCAUCAUCUUCACCUCUCUCCCUUCUCCAUAUCUUCCCUGUUUCCCUCCAUCCUGUUGUCCCAUCAUCCCAUCCCUCUCCUGCCCCAGUCCCACGCUUUUCACGCGACCCCACUUGCCCCGCUCUCCCCUGUAGCCCUGCAACCCUUUAACCCACAGCCUUUCAUGGACAGAGCAUGGCCAGUGAGGUUUCAACAGAAGGCAUUGUGAUUUUUACAGUAGCUGCCAUGUUUAUUAAUCUUCCUUGGCAACACAGACUAGUGAGGAAGAGAGACAGAGAGAGAAAGAGAGA